GAGGAAGAAAAGUGGAUGCACAGGAAUGUGCAAAUUGAUGUAAUAAAGGAACAGAAUCGAGAGUUACGAGGUACACAGAGAGCUAUAAGCAGAGAUCGAGCAGCUUUAGAGAGACAAGAAAAACAGCUGGAAUUAGAAAUUAAGAAGAUGGCCAAAAUUGGUAAUAAAGAAGCUUGCAGAGUUUUAGCCAAACAGCUUGUACAAUUACGGAAACAGAAAACAAGAACUUUUGCUGUAAGUUCAAAAGUCACUUCUAUGUCCACACAAACAAAAGUGAUGAACUCCCAGAUGAAGAUGGCUGGUGCAAUGUCUACAACAGCAAAGACAAUGCAGGCAGUAAACAAGAAGGUGGAUCCACAAAAGACAUUACAGACAAUGCAGAAUUUCCAGAAGGAGAACAUGAAAAUGGAAAUGACUGAAGAAAUGAUCAAUGAUACACUUGAUGACAUCUUUGAUGGCUCUGAUGAUGAAGAGGAAAGCCAAGAUAUUGUGAAUCAGGUUCUUGAUGAAAUUGGAAUUGAAAUCUCUGGAAAGAUGGCCAAAGCUCCGUCAGCUGCCCGAAGCUUACCAUCUGCCUCUACUUCAAAGGCUACGAUCUCCGAUGAAGAGAUCGAACGACAACUCAAAGCUUUAGGAGUAGACUAGUCAAAAGAGCUAUAAUACUUUGCUUAUUUAUAAUUAUUUAGUUAUAAUUAUAAACCAGGCAUAUUGCCGAUUCCUUUACAAAACACAUUUAUUUUGCAAAAAUGAAGACCAUGAGUGAACAGUUGUUUUCUAACCCAUGGCUAUUUUGAAUUUGUUGCCAAAGAAUGACAACGAUGCAAAAUGGGAACAGUUUGGAUUUUAAUUAGAACAGUUUAGGAGUGAUGAUGUGUAAAAAGUUGACGACUUUUCUGCAUGGCAUAGAGAAAUUAUAUUCAUUACUUGUGUAGUUUAUGUUCUAAAUCCUUUUACACUGAAUAAAAAAAUCUUGUUAAAUGCCACUAGGCACCAACUUAAAAAGUUUUGUAAAAAUAUUAAAAGUAUGUCAUUAAUUCUAUAUCUGUUGCUUGUCUUGUAAGUGGUAUGUGUUAUAACCAUAGCAAGUUUGUUGCCAAAUUAUUUUUAAAUGGUCUGAAAGAAGAGUGCUAUUUCAACAACCAUCUUAAAUAAAAACUGUCGUGAGCUUUUCUUUUAUUUUUUUUUCCCCCUUCGGGAGGAUAUUCAAGCUAAUAAGUUUAUUAUCUUUCAAAAUGUGCUUGGCACCUGCCUUAAACAGCACAAACAUUGUGCACAUCUUUAAAUUAUUUUAACUGACAGAAAAGAAAUCCAUUUUAAACUAAAAUUGAGACCUCUUACAAAAACUGUCCAGGCUGUCUUUUGUAAAGCUUAUAAAAGUGAAUUAAAUAUGUUAGCAAAACAGACACUGAAUUAAUAAUAUUUUGUAGUAAUAGAAUGGAAUAUUUUGGUCUUCUAAGAGUGAGGAGAUUUUUUCCAUGUGACAUAUACUUUAAUCUCUAAUUUUGAACUGUAUUAAUGUGUAUAUUGAACCCUCUAAAUUGAAACCAUCAUUCUCAAGUAACACUACGAAAAUGCUCUAGGUAAAUUUUAAAAUAAACAUUAGCACUUUUUUCUUGGUGAAUAAACUACAACUUUGUCAGAAAUUACUGCCUAAAUGUGUGUUAAUGUCUUAGCAGUAUUUUUAAAGGUAAAAUUGCGUUAGUAUUUAAAGUAUGUAUAGAAAGUGAGGAGAAAUUAAAAAGUAGCAGAUUAUAGAGAUAGAAUUUAGAAUUAGGUUAGUUUUGAAAAAUGAUGUAAUUAUGGGUUCUAGCACAUUCCACCAUAAAAUCCCUGGAACAGAUUACAUAGGGGUAACAUGGUUAACUUGGGAUGAUGGACAUUUUGGACUAAUAUU